AUGGAGAUUCACACCCAGACCCUGGGCUGCUUCUCAAAGGGCCUCAUGUUCUCAGCCUUGAUCUUAGCUCUCUGGCUGCCCCAAGGCUCCCAGGCAGCCCUCCACAUUCAGAAGAUUCCAGAGCAGCCUCAAAAGAACCAAGACCUUCUAUUAUCCCUUCACGGUGUCCCCAGCACUGUCCAGGACUUUAUCUGGUACUUAGGGGAGGAGACUUCUGGAGGCACAAGGCUAUUCUCUUACAUCCCUGGGCUAAUGAGGCCCCAGAGGGAUGGCAGUUCCAUGGGACAGAGAGACAUUGUUGGCUUUCCCAAUGGUUCCAUGCUUCUUCGAGGUGCCCAACCUUCAGACAGUGGCACCUACCAAGUGGCUGUCACCAUCAACCCUGUGUGGACAAUUAAGGCCAAGACUGAGGUAAAGGUAGCUGAUGCUCAUGAGUUCUCAGCCACCAGACACCUGCCUGUCAAUGCUGGGAUCAUGGCAGCUACCAUUAUUGGAAGUCUUGUUAUGGCAUCACUGCUUGUAAGUGGUAUUGCCUACCUCCUGAUCACUCAAAGCCGGAAGGUCCAGAGCCCCAGGAUACCAGCUACAGAGAAGCCAAAGAUGAACACUAGCCCUGAAUCUGGUGACGGCAACAUCUAUGAAGUGAUGCCAUCUCCAGUCUUCCUGAUAUCCCCUGUCAGUGAUUUGGGGCCAGUGAACUCAGCCAUGGUGAGUCCUAGCCUGCCUCCACAUGCAUCCCAGGAGAACCAGCACUAUCAGGAUCUACUAAACCCUGACUCAGCCGCAUACUGCCAGCUGGUGCCAACUUCCUGUUGGUCUUUGGAACCUGCCUGCCAAGAAGACACUGGACCACACCACCCAGGGCCUCACAUGUACAGUAAACACACAAGUGACAUGCACAGGACAAAGCUGCUGGGAACUGGCAAGAUGGGAUCCACCACAGACCCAGCAUCACAUUGGCCAGUAUCCCACGGGACUGGACGGGAGACUGACAACCCCAGAUCCUGA